GUAAGCACUUUCUUCUUCUUCUUCCAUGAGGAACAUAAACCAAUAUCUUCUAUUCAUCGUGAUCACUACACUGGUGGCCCUAUCAUCAGUGUUAGGUGCUGCUCUCAAACGCUGUCCAGAUUGUGGUAAAACUCAGGUCCCAUACCCGCUGAGCACCGCACCAAACUGCGGCGACCCAUCCUACAAGAUUCGCUGCACCGGAGGCAUGCUCUUCUUGGACUCCAUCAGCGGUUCCGCUUACGCGAUUACCGCCAUCAACCCUUCGUCACAACGACUGAUCAUUCUCCCACCGGGCCUCGCCAGCAGCAGCAUGUGCGUGUCCACCGAUUUCCAAAACGGAGGGAUGUGGAUUGACAGCAACUCACCCUUCAACAUCACCUCAAGCAACACGGAAAUUCGCCUCAACUGUUCCAAGGAAGUCUUCACCGAAACUGCGUGGAACUGCUCCUCGUCGAGCAUUUGCCACAAGUACCUUAAGGAAAAUGCCGCGGCGGCGAAGGCGUGUGGGGGCUUGAUAUGUUGCGAUCUGAAGACUGGUGGGUCUUCCACUGCUUAUAGGUUGAGGGUCAGGAAAGAGCGUUGUUCUGCGUAUGCAAGUUUUCCCAAUUUCGAUCCUUCUUUGCCUGUGAGUAUGUGGCGGCCGGGGGUGGAGAUUGAGUGGCAGUUGCCGGAGGAGCCGCCAUGCAGAGUAGUUGGGGACUGCUUGGGUUUGGCAAACUCCGAUUGUUUGCCGGCUGCCGGAGGAGGAAGGAAGUGCUUGUGCAAGUAUGGCUUCUUGUGGGAUCCUGUAAAUGUAAUAUGUCAAAGUAAGAAAGAUGCCAAUUCCUGUCAGCAUGGAAGAUGCCAGCACCGUAGGAAGAAAACUCCCCUCAUUGGAGGUUUAGCAUUGGCUGGGGCCACCAUGCUAAUAGGCUCUUUGAUUAUGGCAUUGGUCUUUUACCUUAAGAGGCGAAGGAUGAAAAGAGAAACCCAAGAAAGCAUAAACAAGGCCCGCAACAUAUUGAAUACAGACAACUCUAGUGGCAAAUCCGCAAAAAUCUUCACCAUGAAAGAGAUCAUAAAGGCGACCAACAACUUCUCCGAUGAUAACCUCCUAGGUGCUGGUGGCUUCGGCGAGGUCUUCAAAGCAACGCUUGAUGAUGGAACCAUUACCGCCAUCAAGAGACCCAAGCUUGGCAAUACCAGAGGCAACGAUCAAAUACUCAACGAGGUCAGAAUACUCUGCCAGGUUAACCACCGGAGCCUCGUGAGACUCUUGGGCUGUUCCGUGGAGCUUUCAGUGCCACUUCUGAUCUACGAGUAUGUCUCCAAUGGAACCCUUUUUGAGCACCUUCACUGCACCACUUCAGAAAAAUGGAUUCGUCUUGGAUGGCACGUUAGGCUGAGAAUCGCGCACCAAACCGCUGAAGGGCUUGCCUAUCUCCACAAUGCAGCCAUACCAACAAUCUACCACAGGGAUAUCAAGUCCAGCAACAUUCUCUUGGAUGAAAAUCUUGAUGCUAAAGUUGCUGACUUUGGCCUUUCAAGGCUAGCUGUAAGUGAAGCUACUCACAUCACAACGUGUGCUCAAGGAACCUUGGGUUAUCUCGACCCUGAAUACUAUGUCAACUUUCAGCUCACAGAUAAGAGUGAUGUGUACAGUUUUGGGGUGGUUUUGUUGGAGCUGCUGACUUCUAAAAAGGCGAUUGAUUUUAACAGAGAAGAGGAGGAUGUGAACUUGGUGGUUCUGAUCAAGAGGGUUUUGAAGGAAGAGAGGUUGAUGGAAGUAGUUGAUCCGAUGCUGAAAACUGGUGCUAAUAGACUUGAGUUGGAGAGUAUGAAGGCGUUUGGGUUUCUCGCUGCUGCGUGUUUAGAUGAACGAAGGCAAAAUAGGCCCUCAAUGAAAGAUGUUGCUGAUGAGAUUGAGUACAUUAUUAGCCUUGUUGCUGAUCUUAAGGCUAAGGUCUAAUACUCUAAUUAGUUCUGGGAGGUGAUCCAUCUAUAUAUUCCUAAUUUGAAUAUAUAUUCCUGUUAGCUAGUGUGCAUGUUCAAGACAUGAGGAAGAUGAAUCUACGUUAGCGUGGGAGAUGAUGACAAAGAAAAUUAAAAAGCGAGGAGGAAAAAAUUGAGAUGGGGAAAUAUGAGUUUUACUACACCAGUAUUUAUCUUUUUUUCCAACACAAGUAUCCUGCAUAGGAGGUCAUGGGUGAGACUUUAAUUUAUUUAAAGAAAAUCAAGCAUGUGCAACUUGAAUUAACCACUUUAUGUUUACAUGCGCAGUUUUAUUACAGGUUUAAUCAAUGUUAAUGCUGGUACUCUUAUUCAAA